CCGCCACCCCCCAGUAUGGAUCGAGCCUGCAACCCUGACAUGUGCCCCUGACGGGAAUCGAACCCAGGACCUUCAUUCCGAAGGCUGACGCUCUGUCCACUGAGCCAGACCAGCCAGGCGGCCGUUACUCUCACAACGUUCAGGAUGCAAAGGGGAUAAGGUGGGAAGCCCGUCCCACCAAUGUACUUCCCGUAAUCACUUACUCAGGAAGACGCACUAGCUGCCUGCACAGUGCCCAGCAUAUUCCUGGGCCUGGGGCGCAGCAGAGAGCUGGGCAGACAGGCUGCAGUCCGCAGGCCGCCUGUGACAGAUGCACAAUGAAGCAGGCGGGGAGGGCACCGUCGGGCAGAGGUUUGCAGGAGAGGGAGCAGGCUAUACAGACAGGAGGGAAGGGCCCCAGCUCUGGGCCGAAGGAGCCACAGGAGCAAAGGCCCGGGUCCGGGUUCAGCAAAGGAGAGGAGGGCCCUGACGCCCUCCAGGAAGCUGGCCAGGCUGUGGCUCUCCCUCAGGGGGCGGUGGGAGCAGGAAUUAGGGAGUUUCCCUUCCGCGUGAGUUUCCUGUGACUACGUCGCAUAUCACUACUAACUUAGUGCUAAAUGUCUUAGAUCUCGGAGCUCGGGAAUCUGAAGUGGGUUCCUCUGGGCGAAAAUCAAGCUUCCGGCAGGACUGGCUCCGCUGGAGGCUGUGGGCUUCAGUGCCCACCCCGCCUUCUGAGCGAAACCUGCCUCAUACAAGGACCCCGUGACCACAUUGAGGGCCCACUGGGCUCACCCAGGGCUCCCUCCCCUCUCAGGAUAAUCAAUCGCACCGCGGUGCCUCUUGCCGCGUACGGUUAUUUGUUCAUAGUCCCCUGCGUUAGGAUGUGGAUGUCGUCGUCGGGAGAUGUCCUGGUCCCGCCUCCCUCACUGAGGACCGAUGUCUGAGGAGAAGCAUGGAGCUGGGUCGCUCUUCUGCCCGUCCGUGUCUGGGAGGUGGUGAUGGUUUCUGGAUGCUCUUGGCUGCCGUGUGGUUAUAGGAGGUUUGGGGGUGGGGAAGAGUGAAGUCUCACCUGUGUUUUGAUGUCGUGAGCUAAAAGUAGUAAGUGACACGCUCUCCUGGAUGCAGAAAUGCUUGAAAAUGAGUGUGCAGCCCUCUGAGCAGUGGGGAGCGGGGGCAGAAGGGCCAGGCAUGCCUCUGAGCAGGGCUCCGUGCUCCGUGUCAGUGCGUGGGAAAGCUGGGCAGUGGUGGGACUCCCAUGUGCUCAUAUAUUAAUGCCUGUGUGUCCCCCUCUUACAGAGAGGUCAAGAGGCUGCCAUUGUGGGCACAGUGGGAGUUACUGAGGAGGGGCAAGGGGCACAGAGCUCGUCGAGGUGCCUGGCGCUCCGAGGCGGAGUGAAGACAACCCCCCACCGUCAGGUGUCAGGCAAGGCACCCCUGGGUGGGAUUGGCCUCCGCCACAGUGCCCAGUGGGACCGGAAGUCCAUCACCCUGCAUGUGAAGCUGGAGGAGCUUCGCAGGUUUGAAGAGGGUGAGAAGCUGACGCAGAUCACCCGGGCUCUGGGGCUGGCCACCUCCACAGUCGCCUUGAUCUGUGUCAACAAAGACAAGAUCCGGGCCAAUUCUCAGGCCUCGGCGCCCGUCAGCGCCAAGCAGCUGACCCGCUGCCGGGGUGUGGUGAUGGGGCAGAUGGAGCGCCGGCUGAGCCUGUGGAUGGAGGAGCAGAGACGGCGGCACCUGCCAGUCAGCACGCUGCUCAUUCAGGACCAGGCACGGCGGCUCUUCGCCCAGCUGCAGCAGGAGCAGGGCGAUGACGCCCAGGCUGAGACCUUUGGUGCCAGCAAUGGCUGGUUUGCCCAUUUCAAGUCACGCCACAACGUGCUACUCAUGGAUGAGCCAGUGGUGGUUGACGCCCAGGCCGCUGCUUGCUACCCCUCCGUGCUGCGCUGCAUCCUGGAGGAGGGCUGCUACUCCCCGCAGCAAGUCUUCAACGUGGACGAGACGGGCCUUUCCUGGAAGCGGCUGUCCGAGCACAUGCUGCUGGCGCUGGAGGGGGCAGCCAGGCCCGGGCCCAAGGCCCCUAAGGACCACCUGACCCUGCUGCUGGGGGCCAACGCAGCUGGUGACUUCAGGCUGAAGCCGCUGCUGGUGUACCCCUCUGAGAACCCGCGCGCCCUCAGGGGCUGCUCCAAGGCCGGCCUGCCUGUGGUCUGGCGCUCCAACCGCAGCGACUGGCUGACACCCAGCAUCUUCCAGGACUGGUUCACCGGCUGCUUCUGCCCUGCGGUGGAGAGCUACUGCGCCAGCCACGGCCUCCCACACCGGGCCCUGCUGCUCCUGGACAGUGCACCCUGCCACCCUCCCACCUGGGCAGCCUCUCCACCCACGUGCGUGUGGAGUUCCUGCCCAAGAACACGGCCCUGAUCCAGCCCAUGAACCAGGGCAUCAUCGCCGCCUUCAAGGCCCAUUACCUGCGCUGUACGCUGGGCCAGCUGGUCCGGGAGAAGGCUGGUGGAGGCCGGCCCUCCACGCGGGAGUUCUGGCGCAGGUAUACCAUCAUGACGGCCGUGGACAACAUCCCCCAGGCCUGGGCAGAGCUGCAGCCCGCCACCAUGAACAGAGCCUGGAGGAAGCUCUGGCCUGAGUGCGUGCCCCCUGGCACUGUGGAGCCCGACACCGACCCCCGGUUCGCCGCAGCAUCGGGGCACUAGCCAGCCACGUGGGCCUUGGGGACGUGGCAGAGACCGAUGUUUCCCGCCUGUUGCAGACCCGUGUGGAACCCCCACCCUGUGGAACCCCCCCAGGAUGCUGAGGAUGGAGAUGCCAGCGGCUCUGGGAUGGCCUGGGAGGUGCUCUGGGGUGUCGACCUGACUCUGCAGACACACCACAUGGGCCACCAGAUUACAGACAGCAAGGGAAGGUGCUCCCGUGUUCUAGCUGGAUGAGCAGCGGGUGCUGAGCAGGGAUGCCUGGAGUUGGUCCCUGGAAGGCCUGAGGCGGCGGUGCCCUCCUGGUGGUGAGGGACACUUGGUGCUGGAGCGCCUGCUGUCCGCUCUGCGCUCCGAAGCUUGCCUCGCAUGGAAUCACCCUGCCAGCGAGUCUUAGCGCUUCCCCACGACCACAGAGCUCCUCCAUCGCGUGAAAGGCGUGCUCUGCCCGCCUCCACCCUCUCAGCCCCCAGGUGCAGCCCUCAAUGCAACGGGGGCUGAACAUGUUUCGUGGUCUCGGCAGGUCCUGGUGGCUCAGGACGGCGCAAAAGAAGUGUCUCCAAGCAAAAUCGACCCAGUUUUCAAGGGAAGACAAUUCAACCUUGGAAACCAAACACAGAUGAAAACAGGAUUUGGUUUAGCAUUGAAGGACCGUACUAAGAAGUACUCUGACAAGCGAAUGUUGUGGAAAUGAAGUGGAGAAGAUAACUGAAGAACUAUGAUGCAAAACAAUGAGCUUGGCACAGGAAAUGGAAAUGGUAAGGCAGCAGGAGUGGCUAUAAUUGAGGUAUUUUUACCUCCAUGAAAAGAUAGAAGGACCUCUUGGAAAACCAACUACACAUCACCAGCAGAGACCUGAGGUCUGAAAUAGCCAAAACCUUUGCAUUUCAGAAAAUUAUGUCAAAAUUGUCACACACAGCGGGGCCUUGACUUACGAGUUUAAUUCGUUCCGCGACGGAGCUCGUCACUCAGAUUACUCGUAUGUCAGAUCAUAAAGUGGACGAGUGAGACACGUGGUGCCGGGCUGACGUGGCGUUCACUGUGACGUUCGCUGUGCCAGCUAGCGGUGGGGUAUCUGAAGCCGGCUUGUAACCCGAAUUUUAGCUCGCAACUCAAAGUAAAAAAUCAGCCGAGAGAGGG